AUGGUUCAAUUUUAUCAUUUGAAAAAUGUAGGAAGGGGUUCUUCAACAAUUAUUAGAUGUUCUAAAGACAGCGCAAAAAGCCGCUGUCGUGAUGAAACUGCAAAGGAAAGCAUAGACUCCGCUCUUUUUGACCGUUUGCUGAACAAGGGCGUGAACAAACGAGCUCUUCGCAGAACGCAUGCGCUAAUGCAUAAGAAACCAGUCAAUUACUCCCAGUUUGAAGACUCUGACAGUGAUGAUGAUUUUGUUUCUUCAUCUACACCUUUAAACAAGAAAUCCAGGACAGAGUCAAAGGAGUUAAAACAAGAAAAAUCAAAACCUAAAUUGAAGAAUCUCCAGAAAGAGAAUAUACCACUACAAGAGAGAACCCCUAAAAAAAGGAUACCUUUGGAUGACAAGCUCUACCACAGAGACUUAGAAGUUGCACUAGCUUUAUCAGUGAAGGAGACUCCAACAGUCACCAUUGAUGUGCCAGAAUUGCAAGAUGAAAGCAUUGAAAAAUGUGACAAUAAUGAAAUAGAAGCAAUGACUAAGUCUCCUCACAUCUCUAAUUGUAGUGUAGCCGGUGAUUAUUUAGAUUUGGACAAGAUUACUGAGGAAGAAGACUUUCCUGAUGUUCAAAGGAAAAGAAAAGCAGCGUCUAAAGCUGUGGUACGACAAAGGGGUUUUUUGGAAGGCAGUGACGGCGACAGUGUCAGUAACUCCGAACCAGAAAAAAAUGCUAUGUGAUCUGUUUCAGGUAAAGAUUCUGAGGGUGAUUCUGAUUUUGGUGAAAGUGAAGAAAAUGAUGAAGAAUUCACUGUGAGAAAAAAUAAAGUUAAAGAAAUUAAAAGGAAAGAAGUGAAGGUAAAAGCCCCAGUAGAAAAGAAAGAGAAGAAACCUAAAUCCAAAUGUAAUGCUUUGGUGGCUUCAGUAGACUCUGCUCCUGUGGCCAUCAAAUUAGAACCUCAGCCCACACCAAAGAAGGUGUCUCUCUCUUCAGAGGCCACUAGGAAACCACUCCAGAUAUGCAGCCCUUCAGCUGAAAGCAGGAGACCUAAGUGGGUGCCACCAGCGGAAUCCAGAAGUAGCAGCAGCAAGAGCAGCCCACUGCCAGUGGUAUCUGUUAAGUCUCCAAGUCAGAGUCUUCGCCUGGGCUUGUCCAGAUUAGCACGAGUUAAACCUUUACAUCCAGCUGCAGCUAGUAGCUGA